GUUUUUUCUCAUAUACACAGUAAUGGCGCCUAAAACGAAAACAAGAACAGGGUGCAGUUGAACUGUUUGUUUUAACAAAAAACACGUCAUGUUUGAGCUUCCAGACGACGAUGACAACUUUUGGGAGGAUUUGCCUCUUGAUGAUAUAACAAAUAAUAAGUCACCAAAACAGAAAGCAUCCAAUUCAGGAGUUCCUAGGCAGUGUGAAAUUCAAAGCCAUGGAACAUCCAAGACUGUCAACUAUAAUAAUGGCAAUGAAAAACAGAAACCAUGUGGUAGAAAUAAAAAUGGGUCUCUAGGAGAAGGUCACAGUCCAGAUUUCAACAAAAGGGGAGAUUUGUUUACCUCAAGUAGUGGGGAGGGUGCUGCAAAGAAUAACUGUAUCUCAGGUGUUGAAAACACUACUAAGACAACUUUCUCAUUCAAACCUGUGAACUCUACAAAUUGUGAUUCAGUAUCUUUAGAUGAAAUAAAGGUGAAUGGAACAGAGAAAGGUGAACUGAAAACAGGAAAGAGACUGUCUUCUGAAUCCAUGUCCGACUCGUCAAAGAAAAUACGUUUACACGACGGAACAGUUGUGGGUCAGUUUUUGCAAAGUACAGAAAAUAGAAGUGAUUAUUGGUCACAAACACAGGGAGACACACAACUGAUUAGAUCUACCACUCGGUUCUCAACUACUACUUGGUCCAUAACUACCACUCAGUCCUCACAUCCAGUGGGUCAGGGUAACUCAGACAGAACUUAUCAACUAAAGACCAGCCAUCCUCAGAAACACACACUAGAGACCUCUACCACUCAGUCGCCAAAUCCAGUGGGUCAGGGUAACUCUGGAGGGACUUAUCAACUAAGGACUAGCCACUCUCUUAGACAUACACAAGGGACCACUGCUACUCAUUCGCCAAGUCCAGUGGGUCAGGAUAACUCUGGCGGGACUUAUCAACUAAGGACCAGCCACUCUAAGGUUCUUGCCUCUGCUAGAAGGCAGUGUUCAGGUGUGACCAGAAAUAUUAACACCACUCCAGUAAUCAAGAAAGCCAAAAGAAAAUUCCCUGGACCUGCUGGACUUCUUCCUAGACUGUCUGAUAAUUCAGAAAACAUAAAGGAAUCUGUGACACCUUCAUUGAAAAUAUCUCCAGAUAAAAUAACAGUUGAGAAAGAGGACACCAUCCUGUCCUCACAGUCAGUUGAUGACAUCUUUAGUGAGGAGCCCUGGAGGACAUUGAUGGAGGAGCUAGGACCAGAUGGACAGCAGCUCCUCCACAACUUCUCAAUAGCAAACAAUCUCACAAAGGCCAGAAAGAAGCAGUUGUACAGGGGGAAAGUUCCACUGUUGAUGUGUGUAAUAGACAACAUAGACUGGCAUGGUUCAGAUCUAAGUGUGUCACUAAAAGACCGCUCAGGUGAAGUACAGGGUACCGUACACCGUGACAUAAUGAAGGAAUUUGAAUCGGAACUACAGGUGGGAUCUGCGCUUGUUUUGAGACAGGUCAGUGUGAUAAGUCCAAAUCCAAGGAGUCAUUACCUAAACAUAACCCCGGCCAAUAUUGUCUUCAUAUAUAGCAAGAAUGGAGAUUCAUGUCAGCUGGUAAACACUAGAAACACUUCUUUAUCCAGUGUGUUAGAGGAGGUACAAAGGCAGGAAUCUAUUCAAAGACAUCUGAUGAAUCAAUCAGUAACAGUCAAAACCCCUAGUCGAAGUCUUGCCCACACCCAACAAUUUCACAACAGAACACCACAGUUUGUUGGAAGACCAUCCACACCUUACGCUUCCCAAAUGUUGAAUAAUAGGACUCAAAGUUUUGGAGGAAGGCCAUCCACUCCUUGCAAUCCUCAAAUGAAUAACAGGACUCCACAAUUUCCAGGAAGACCAGCAACUCCCAGUAAUUUACAGAUAUCUAACAGUACUCCUAGAGUUGGAGGAAGAACAACAGCAUCUAAUGUAAGGACACCCUCGACUGUCUUUGAUGAAGGGAAUUCAUCAGCAAGGACUCCAUUUAAUAGCCAGAAUGUAAAGAUACCUACUCCUAUAUUGCAGCAUGCAGAAAAUAGAACUCCAAGCAUUCAGACUGUCAACAGAAAUGUACAAAGUGUUUCAUCUGCUUCAUCCACUUCAGUUCCUUCUACUUCUUCCAGUUCACAUUUUCAAGGCAUCAAACCUCAAAAUCAGAGUGGAGGUACACCAAUUUCAAAUCAAACAAAUGUGAAUCUAAAUAUUACAUCUGAAUAUGACAGAAAUCUAACAACUGUGAAUCAUAUAGCUAAUGUGAAUAACAUUCCUAGUGGUGUUCAUCCUGGAGGGAUUGGCAAUAACAGUCAAGAACUUAAUAACAACCAACAGUGCACUCCUAAUCGGAGAUCUUUUAAGUUUAAACCAUCAAGAAAUCCAGAAAUUCAAUCAAUAACAAACAACAAUUCUUCAUCAGUUUCAACAAGGGCAACUAGUGUGUUCACUCCUUCCCUUCAACGUGGUGCUAAUCAGACCUCUAACAAUAGUGCUUCCUUAUUACAACAAGGUGAUAAACCAAAGUUUGAGGUGGAUUCAGUCUGGGGUGAAGAUUUGAGUGAUGAUGUGCUCUCCCAGCUCUCUGAGGAAUUUUAACUUGUUAAUAAAACUAAAACAAAAAAGAAUCAUUUAUGCGCAAAUAAAUGUC